AUCGAACGGUAGUUUUAAAACCCUAGCUGAAGAGUUUUAGGGUUCUUGAGAGCCGCCGGGAACUAGCAAGCGCCGCGCCAUGGAUCAGCCGGUGAAGCUCGCAAUUGUGACCAAGGUGAUCGGCAGGACGGGAUCUCGCGGGCAAGUGACCCAAGUCCGGGUGAAGUUCCUGGACGACCAGAAUCGUCUCAUCAUGCGCAAUGUCAAGGGGCCGAUCCGCGAAGGUGACAUCCUCACGCUGCUCGAGUCCGAAAGAGAAGCUAGAAGGCUGAGAUGAAGAGACCCUGGCGAAAUUUUGGGAUUGGGAUUUCUAUGUAGCCUUCUCGAUCGAUGAAAUUCUAAUAGAAAGAGUCUUGUGUUUAAAA